AUGAACAAAAAAGUAAACAAAUGUUUUCUUGAUUAUCUAUGUAGGUAUUUUAGUUACAAACCGACCAGGUCACCUGGACCACCGAGAGAUAGUUACAAACCGACCAGGUCACCUGGACCACUGAGAGAUAGUUACAAACCGACCAGGUCACCUGGACCACUGAGAGAUAGUUACAUACCGACCAGGUCACCUGGACCACCGAGAGAUAGUGACACACCGACCAGGUCACCUGGACCACCGGGAGAUAGUUACAAACCGACCAGGUCACCUGGACCACCGGGAGAUAGUUACAAACCGACCAGGUCACCUGGACCACCGAGAGAUAGUUACAUACCGACCAGGUCACCUGGACCACCGAGAGAAAGUGACACACCGACCAGGUCACCUGGACAACCAAGAGAUAGUUACAUACCGACCAGGUCACCUGGACCACCGAGAGAAAGUGACACACCGACCAGGUCACCUGGACAACCAAGAGAUAGUUACAUACCGACCAGAUCACCUGGACCACCGAGAGAUAGUAACAAACCGACCAGGUCACCUGGACCACCGGGAGAUAGUUACAUACCGACCAGGUCACCUGGACCACCGAGAGAUAGUUACACACCGACCAGGUCACCUGGACCACCGGGAGAUAGUUACAAACCGACCAGGUCACCUGGACCACCGAGAGAUAGUUACAUACCGACCAGGUCACCUGGACCACCGAGAGAUAGUUACAAACCGACCAGGUCACCUGGACAACCAAGAGAUAGUUACAUACCGACCAGGUCACCUGGACCACCGAGAGAUAGUUACAAACCGACCAGGUCACCUGGACCACCGAGAGAGGAAUUUAUACAAGAUUACCUAUGUAGGAAUUUUAGUUACAAACCGACCAGGUCACCUGGACCACCGAGAGAUAGUUACAAACCGACCAGGUCACCUGGACCACCGAGAGAGGAAUUUAUACAAUAUUACCUAUGUAGGUAUUUUAGAUACAAACCGACCAGGUCACCUGGACCAUCGAGAGAUAGUUACAAACCGACCAGGUCACCUGGACCACCGAGAGAGGAAUUUAUACAAUAG